UGCAGCUUUCCGUGAUCGUUACUGGGAAUGGACCUAGGGGUGGUUGGGAUGAAUUGCAUAUUAGGGGAAGACAAGUAAUUGGGUCAGGGAAAACAAAAAAUGAGGGACAAGUGUGUGUGUGUGUGUGCAUGUGUGUGUGCAUGUGUGAAGGGGUUGGGUGGGAGAAUGAAAGGUGGAUUUGUUGGGUCCCUUGGUUGGAUUGUCAAGUGGUUUAUCGUAUAUAUAUAUGGCAGUGUGACCGGGUUCGUCUGGCAGUACUGGUUACUGGUGAUAACAGAGCUGAACGAAUUUGGAAAGAGAAGGAGGGAACCGCCGAUCAGCUGAGGCUGUGGAUGUGGGAUGACUUGCUUUUUUUAAAAUUCUUCUUCUCAACAUUUCCUGUUUCGUUCGCAACUCUUCCUCUAGAUCAAGGGACUUCGUUACGAUAUGAGAUUAAAAAGACCCACA